CAAAAAAAAAAAAAUAACCUAGCCAUUGUUCACCGCUCCUCCUCUCGCGCACAACCUUUCCCUCUCGUAGCGAUCUAAUUUAUCAGCCCUAGAGAGAGUGCCCAUUGCGAACCCAAGGCCGAGCGAAAUCAAGGGGAAACGAGACGCAGUGACGACAGCGGUGAGGUAGGCGGAAGGCGAUGGCGUCCGCCGUGGUGGAGAAAAAGCAACCGGUGGAGGUGGAGGGCGAGAUGUGCGCGCCAACGACGCAGGUGAGAGGAGGCGGAGGCAAGGGGUUGCGGCAGUACUAUGUCCAGUACAUCCAUGAUCUCCAGCUCCAGAUCAGGAAGAAGGCGAACAACCUCCAGCGCCUCGAGGCCCAACGGAACGAUCUCAACUCUCGCGUCAGAAUGCUCCGAGAAGAGCUGCAACUGCUUCAGAAGCCUAGUUCGUAUGUUGGAGAGGUGGUGAAAGUGAUGGGGAAAUCCAAGGUCCUAGUCAAGCAUUGGUACUACAUUUUCCUCCGAUUCAAAAAAGGCAGGUACAUUGCAUUUUCCUCCGCUGAUUGUUUUUGCAGUGGAUAUUCUGCAACAAUAUUUUUUUUAACAAAUUGCCAUUUGCAGGCUUCUGGACCUAUGUAUUGCUACAAAGAUGGAAAACUCACUGCAUUGGAGGAAGCAAACCAGCCUGAUGGAAUAUAUGUUCAUGAAAAGUGCGUUGUAUGGGCUCCCCAAGUGUAUUUUUCUAGAGAAAUCGUGAAAAACUUUGAGUUAGAACUAAAGCGAGCAUCAAAGUUAAAAUGCAGCAAAUGUGGGUUGAAAGGUGCUGCUCUUGGUUGUGAUCUCAUUUAUUUAUUGCCUACAGACUCUUGAUGAUGAAUUAUCUCAUUUCCGAGAUACGUCUAGUUUGCUAUCCCAAUCCGACGAACAACUCCUCCUGAGAUACGAGUUGCAAUCCGAUCAGUCAUUACUAGAAGAAUACUAUUUUCCCUAUGAUUCUAAUUGGCUUAAGACACAGAUCAACAGGGGCCUUGAGUUUUGGUUGGGAUACAGGGAAGCAAGCUUUGUGUCAGAGGAUGAGAAAUGGAAAUGUCAAUUCUGUGAUUUUGUCUCCGAUUGCCCAUUUUCAGUUACUUCGUCCAGGGACCGCAUAAGAAGUAGAUAACCAGCUUUUAGUUACACAUUUUGUCUCUGUCAUGCAAUGCUUGCACGAGAUGAGACAAUUGCAGUACAACUUAUAGAAAGUUUACAAUCUGAUGACAAUUUGCUGACACUUGAAACUAUACAAGAAAGUCCACUCCUGCAAUCGAUUUGGAUUGAAAGUGUCUUUCUCAUCCAUUGCAUUUCAUUUCCACUUAUCAUGGAACCAAUUUUACUUAUUACAUUUGUUUGUCUAUUUUUUUCCUAUUGAUAAUUCAUUAUUCUGUACUUUGCUUUGAA